AGUAUUAGUUUUCUUUCUUGGGGUCUGUUUGUGGAGUUGUUUGGCUCAGUGUUGGCAGUCACCUGUCCUGUCUUUCCCUUAGGACUUGCAUUUUGCAGGUCCAGUGUAGUUACCCAGCUGGGGCCUGAGGGAGAGUCCCAGUUACUUCACAGGGUGGACAUGCAAGAUAGUCUCAGAGAAGGCCUGACCCUGGUGCUAGGGGAGGGCAUGACAUCGGGGCUGUGUUCACUUUAUACCGAGAAUCUGUCCUGUGUCCUCCAAUAUUCUGGUGCAAAUGCCACUGGGCAUACCUCAUUUCUACCUUUCCUUCCCCAUUCUUGACGUUUUGCAGACUUGACACUACAUCUGUGACUUCUGGCCCCUGACUGCCCUUACCUUUCUGAUCUCCAUGCAUCACCUGUUCUUCCCCUUUGCUCCCUUGUAAUUUUCUCCAACACUGGCCAAUGCAUAGUGUGUGUCAAGAUGUUAAUAUAUCCUUAAAUAUUAUUUGAACACCAGCUACUCAAUUCCAGUUGAAUUUUCCGAGGCCUGAACAGAACUAACCUGCACAGCACAGAUGUCAAGGUCCCGCUGAAGGCUCUUGGCUGAGGAAUGAAUUGGAGACCCUGCCUCUCUUUCACAUGUUGUGCCCCCCUCUUCCUUGUGUCCUUUGUCUGGUGAGGCUUUCCCCAGUCUGUAACCUUGUCACCCAGUAUUCAAAGCAACCCCUUUCUCAACCUGCCCCUAGCUCCCUUGUUCUCAGAAUAAUCCCAUGGACUCAUUUCUUGGUGUGUCUGUUGCACAUUUGUAAUGGGUCUUCCCCCUCCCACCAAAGUCAACAUGUAUUUCAUCAGAAUUUCCGUUUCCAGGUUGUUGGCAUGGAACAGAAGAUAAGGAGAUGCCUUCUGAGCAGACUGUUUCUAUAGGAGUGUCACAGGUCAGGACUUCAAAACCAGUCCCAUCAACCCAGAAGACCCACCACUGUGAGUUCUGUGUCUCAUUCCUGAAAGAUAUAAGCCAAAUCUCUGGCCUUAUUAAACACCAGAGAAUUCACACAGGUGCAAGGUCUUAUACCUGCAGUAAAUGUGGAAAAAUCUUUACUCACAACUCAAGCCUUAAAAGACACUGGAGAGUGCACUCUGGAGAAAGGGCCAAUGAGUGCAGUGAAUGUGGAAAACCCUUUAGUUACAAAUCCGAACUCAUUCACUACCAGAGAGAUCACACAUAUUGCUUACAAGGGAAAUCCAUUACCUGCAAAUCCACUCUCACUCAGUGCUGGAGAGUUCAUAUUGGAGAAAAGCCUUAUGAGUGCAACAAAUGUGGGAAAUCCUUUAGGCACAGGUAUGUCCUUGUUCAACACCAGAGAGUUCACACUGAAGAAAGGCCUUAUGAGUGCAGCGAUUGUGGGAAAUCCUAUAAACGUAAAUCUGACCUCACUGAACAUCACAGAAUUCACACCGGCACAAGGCUAUAUGACUGUGGUGAAUGUGGGAAGUCCUUUAGCCACAGAUCUGGCCUCUCUCAACACCAGAGAGUUCACACUGGAGAAAGGCCUUAUGAGUGCAGUGAUUGUGGGAAAUCCUUUAGGCGUAAGUCUGAGCUCAUUGAACAUCACAGAAUUCACACUGAUGCAAGGCCUUACGACUGCGGCGAAUGUGGAAAGUCUUUUAGACAAAGCUCUACCCUUAUUCGUCAUCGGAAAGUUCACACUGGGGAAAGGCCUUACGAGUGCAGUGAAUGUGGGAAAUCCUUUAGCUGCAAAGAUAAUGUUUUUCGACACUGGAAAGGUCAUACUGGAGAAAAGCUUUAUAAGUGCACUGAUUGUGGGAAAUCCUUUACCCGCAAAUCUGUCCUCACUCGACAUCACAGAAUUCACAUUGGUGCAAGGCCUUAUGACUGUGGCGAAUGUGGAAAAUCCUUCAGCCAAAAAUAUGAGCUCUUUCAACACCAGAGAGUUCACACUGGAGAAAAGCCUUAUGAGUGCAAUGAUUGUGGGAAAUCUUUUAGCCGCAAAUCUGUCCUCACUAGACAUUACAGAAUUCACACUGGUGCAAGGGCUUAUAGAUGUGGGAAAUCCUUUAGAAAAAGUUAUGACCUUAUUCACUAUCGUAAAGUUCACAGUGGAGAAAGGCCUUAUGAGUGCAGUGAUUAUGAGAAAUCUUUUACCCACAAAUCAGAUCUCCCUGAACAUCACAAAAUUCACAGUGGCACAAGGACUUAUGAGUGCAGUGGCUUUGGGAAAUCCCUUAGAAAAAGCUCUACCCUCAUUCGACAUUGGAGAGGUCCUAGUGGAGAAAUGCCUCAUGAGUCUGGUGAAUGUGGGAAAUCCUUCACUCACAAAACCAGCCUCGUUCGACACUAGAGCGGUCAUGAUGGAGGAAGGCCUAGAUGUACACAGAAUGCUGUCUCCUUGUUCAGCAUGACACUGGAGAGCCCUUGUGAGGGAUUCAGACCUCACAACUCAAAACAUACACAUUGCGGAAAUUUUCUCUGCUUUCCAGAUACGUGGGAAGCUUUAAGGAACCACACUGCACACUCUUAUAUACCCAGGCCCCUGCCAGAGUUUUGUCACUUCCAGUUUUGUGACAUAAGCCGUUUCGCCACUACACCCUGGCAGGUCGGGACAGCACGCAACAGUCGCCUUCCAAGAUUUUCAGGGAAGCACACUUCCGGGCUUGGAGGAAAACAGGAGUGGCCUCAGCCUUAUGGGGCCCUCAUUCUCUUCUCUGUCAGUAAUUAGGGCAUGGACCUGAACCAGUUUUGGCUGAGAGGACAUGCUGUCUGCUGUCAGCUUGCAGAGAAAGACAACCUCUGUCAGGGACAUUGUUGAUUUCACAUAAUGCUCAUAAUGGAUUUUUCCAACCUCCAAGUCACCAACCCAGAGACCACCUUCCUCUAAUUGCUCUGAUUUGUGCAAUAAGAAAGGCCUUCAUUUUUAGCCACCACUUAAUCUGGGGGUUCUAUUCACUGUGAUGUGGAGAGUGGUUUGAAAACAGAAUUGGGCUCUGCCAGCAUGAAGGGGUAAAUAAUUUGGGGGCAAUUCCAAACUAUUUGUGCCUCAGCUGUGGCAGUAUAAAUGCAGAAAAUAGCUCUCCAGUUUUUGGCCUAACUGGCAUUGCCACCCAAGGCUCCCUAGGGAACACUGCAAGGCUUCGUGUUCCUAAUUUGUGGCCUGGGUGCCAGGAUUUUGUGCGGGUUUAGAUGGACAGUUGUGACAGUCUCUGCUGCUUCUGAGAACAGCAUGAAUACUUCUUAUUCGCAGGGGAUUUCACAUAAUGCCCAGCGCUGCUAAGGGGAAUCUUCCCCAGGUUCUGCAAAGGAGCCCUGUGCCCUGAUGUCCAAAUGCAAUAAGCAAGUAUCACUAGUUGUGAGACUGCAGGGGCCAGGGGAAACCAUAAUUGAUAUGGAAACUCUAGAAUAAUAGGGCAGGGAUGAGACUGCCUCAAAUGAGAUGCAAUGGACCUCUUCCCAAAGUGCAUCCAUGAUUGUUCCAGUCAGAAUGGCUGGGUUCAGUGUGUGCAGAAAUCCUCAGGAUCUCCAGGCUUGUGUAUUUCCUGUAGCAAAGAUCAUUGUCAGAGAAAAUAAUCUAAACGUUUUGUGGAUUCCUGUAGCCUCUUUGGGCUCUCCACCUUAAGGCCAUUGGUGAGCUAACAGGACGACAAUGAUGGAGACAAGGAUGUCCACGUAUACCAGCGGUGUGGCUUUUGUGACCAGCCAGCAUUCCUUUGACUCAGGUGGAAAAUGCCUCUGUUGCUUUGCCAAUAUUUGCUGCCACUGAGGCAAGCCUGCCCUCCUAGGGGAGACGGUGGGGUCAGUUUAGGUAGGGAGGCAAACCUGAUUUUCCUAGAAGACUGGAAAAUCUAGAUUUUUAUUUUGAACCAUUUUUAAUUUUUUUUUGGGGGGGAGGAUAUGCCAUAAAUUGCAUGUCUUAAUGUGAAAUUUAAUGUUUCAACAUACAUAUAAAGUCUUGAAACCAUCAUCACAAUUAUAAUGAACGUAUCUGUCACCUGCAUAUUUACUUUGUAGUCUUUUAUCAUUUCUUUCUCUCUGCCUUCCCUGGCCCCCCAGGCAACCAUUUAUUUAACUUUUUGAAGUAAACUAGUUUCUGUUUUCUAGAAUUUCAUCUAAUUAGAGUCCUAAAAUGUUCACUCAUUUUAUUGUUACCCUCAUGCAGUAUAACUUACUGAGAGUCAUCAGUGAUGCUUAUGUGAUUAGUUCAUUAUUUUACUGUUGAGUAGUAUUCAGUUCUAUGGAUAUGCCACAUUUGUUUAUCCACUCGUUUCAUCUGUUUAUGGUCACUUGGGUUAGUUCCUGUGUUUGGCGAUUGCAAAUAAAGCUGCCAUGAGCAUUUCAUAUAAUUCUUAUGUGGACAUAGGUUUCAUUUCUCGUGUUGAUUACUCAGAAAAUUCUUAGGUCACGGGGAAAGUAGAUAUUUACCUUUUUAAGAAACUAACAAAAUGUGGUCUAAAAUUUUUGUUCCCUUUUGCAUUCCCUUCAGGACUGUGUGAAAGUUCCAGUUCUUCCACAUCCUUGUCAAUACUUGGUAUUAGACUUUUUAAUGUGUAUGUAGCAAUAUCUCACUUCGGUUUUAAUCACAUUUCCCUAAAGUUUCAUGAUGUUGAGCACUUUUUCAUGCGUUUAUUUGCCACUUGUUUAUCUUAUAAAAUAUGUUUUCAUAUCUUUUGCUUAUUUCCAUUUUUAUGAAUUUUGGCUAUUUCCCUUUUUAUUAACCAAUAAGACAGUGAAACAAAAAAGAUAUUUGUUGGAAUUCCACUCAUUUUUCAAUGACGUGAGUGUUAUCUUAGCUCUAUGGAAUAUGUUUUUGAAUUGAAGAACAAUUCCUAAUUUUUUCUCUCACCUUUUUUUUUGUGCUACUCAAGAUGUAUUGCCCACAUAUACUAUACACUUUUAAAUUUAAUCUGCAUUAUUAAAAGAUUCUCCAUCAUUUUCUUAUCUCUAGGCAUCCAAUAAUAAAUCAAGCACUGAUUUGUAGUGUUUGCCAAGUUCCCUAGUGUAAAUACCUCCACAUGAUGACACUGAAUUUGGAGUUGGGAAGAGUUACAAUAAAUAUAGUACACCAAAAUACUCUAUUUUCACCAUAUUAAUACAGUAGCUGCAAAUAACCUUGAGAACUUAAGUAAUAGUAAAACAUAGUAAAAUUAUUAGUAUGUGACAAGCUUUGAAUAUUUGUUUUUUUAAACAGUUUAACUGCAGUCUAAUUGACUUAAAAUAAACUGCACAUAUUUAUACCCUU